ACUAAUCUCUGCAACCACUAAACUCUCUCUCUCUGCAAUGGAGGCUCUCUGUUUCGAAUAUUCACCCACUCCUCUAUUUGGCACCACACCGUGCCACUCACUGUUCCAAAAAACCAAAACCUUAACCAUAAACAAAGCCGAGAAGUCUCACAAAAACCAAGUGUCCAAUAUUACUGCAACGUUGACAAACCAAAAGGUUGAGAUCUUCCACAGGGCUUCAAAUCUGAAUUCUCAUAAAAAGACGAAGCUGCCUAAGCCCUCACAUAUCCCCCAGUUGAUGAGAGUUCCUGCUGAGUCGUUAGUUUAUGAGAGUGGCUUUCUAGGAGCUGUGCCAAAAAAGUUGGCGGGAGAGAGUCACAAUCACAACCACAAGGACAUCAAUUACUUGAAUGAGAUAUUGUUAUCUAAGGUUUAUGAUGUUGCGGUCGAGACGCCAUUGGAAUAUGCUUCAAAGCUCUCUGAGAAGCUUGAUGUUCAUAUUUGGCUCAAGAGAGAAGACCUUCAACCCGGAGUGUUCUCCUUCAAGCUACGGGGAGCUUAUAAUAUGAUGGCCAAGCUUUCAAGGGAACAGUUGCGCAAGGGAGUUAUUUGCUGUUCAGCAGGGAACCAUGCCCAAGGAGUUGCAUUAUCUGCACAAAAACUAGGUGUUGAUGCAGUGGUCGCCAUGCCUACCACAACUCCUGAAAUCAAACUGAAGACAGUAGAGAGGUUAGGUGCUACAGUUGUACUUGUUGGUGAGAGCUAUGCUGAAGCACAAGAAUAUGCAAAACAUCGGGCCAAAGAAGAAGGUCGAACGUUUGUACCUGGUUUUGAUCAUCCAGAUAUUAUAGCAGGGCAAGGGACUGUAGGAAUGGAGAUUGUUCGUCAAUUACGUGCUCCAUUGCAUGCCAUCUUUGUGCCUGUUGGUGGUGGUGGCCUAAUAGCUGGAAUUGCUGCCUAUGUGAAGUCAGUUUGUCCUGAGGUCAAAAUCAUUGGAGUGGAGCCAUAUGAUGCAAAUUCAAUGGCACUAUCACUCUAUCAUGGGCAGAGAAUUGUGCUAGAUAAAAUGGGAAAUUUUGCAGAAGGGGUAGCUAUUGAAGAGGUUGGGGAAGAAACAUUCCGGCUGUGCAGAGAACUGAUUGAUGGGGUAGUUCUUGUUAGCCAUGAUGCUAUCUGUGCAUCAAUAAAGGACAUGUUCGAUGAAAAAAGAAGCAUACUUGAACCAGCAGGGGCCCUUGCCAUUGCUGGAGCAAAAGCAUAUUGCAAAUAUUAUGGACUGCAGGAUGAAAAUGUUGUAGCAGUAACCAGUGGAGCAAACAUGAACUUCAAUAAACUUAGGUUGGUAUCCAAACUUGCUGAUGUUGGUUGGCAGCAUGAGCCUGAGGCUGUCUUCUUGACAAUUGUUCCACAGAAGAGGGAAAAAUUGGAACAGUUUUCCGGACUGGCGUGUGAUCAAUCAAGUAUAGAAAAUGAGAUUCUCUGUCGAUUUGUAAUCCCAGACAGGCCAGGUGUUCUGAUGAAAUUACUGAAUGCCUUCAAUGGCCGUUGGACUAUGAACUUGUUCCACUACCAAGGACAGGGUGAGAGUGGUGGAAAUGUAUUGAUGGGUCUCCAAGUUGUAAGCUCAGAGAUGGAUGAAUUUAAGGCUUUGGCUGACACUCUAGGAUGUGAUUAUGCAUUUGAAACUAGCAACAAAGCUUUGCAACUUCAGUUGCAUUAGUGGAUGACACUGUAUGUGCACUGAUUAUAUCUAAGCUGUUUAUACAAAGGGAAGUAAGGAGCCAAGGAAUGAAAUCAUCAGGAAAAAAAAAGAACGAGAAACUAAAGCUGGUGUCUCUAGCUGGAAGGAUCCCCUUCUAUUUAAACCUCCAAGUUCCUCCCAUUUUA